AUGUAUUCUGCUGCUAAACAAAAAGUAAUUAGCAAAUGACUUUUGAUUAUCGUUUCUGAUUGUAUGGUUCAAAGUAAGUUAAAAUGAGAGAAUAACUUUUUUAUCGUACGAAAUUUUAGAGAAUUUUGCGAGGAAAAUAUUUCGCUUACAUCAUUUAUACGUGUUUUACGAAUGAUAAUCCAGCCUUAUAAAAAUAUUAUACUCAGAUUUUCUCACUAUCGAAGUAUACACAUAUGUGUAUAUAUCAUUCAGUUAUCUGUACGUCACGUUUCACUUACACUGAACAAUGAAUAUUCGACUAAUAUUAUCGAGAGAGUAAACCACGUGUGGUAACGAAUCAAUUCGCCCACGAUCGACGAGGAUAUAUCCCAAGGUAUAAACUGGAAUUGAUUUAAAUUUCAGCCACAAUCUAAAAGUGAACUAUGGAACGAAAUUAACCGUAGCCGCAAUACGGUUUUCUCCCUAUCAAAGAUAUUUCUAUCAAAUACCGCUAGCUUCAUUCGCUUCUUGUUCACAUUGACGAGAAAGUAAUUCGAUAGGAUUCACACGAGCAACUAGAUUUAAAAAUUUUAUAAAUAUAAAUUUUUAUUUAUACCGAGAGUAGAAGAUAUAUGAUCUUGAAGACGGCAUUUCUUAUGAAUACUUUGACAAAAUUAUGUUUUACUACUGCAUUUUACUGAUGUUUAUUCAUGAAUUUAAUGAGUCUAAUUAUAUAAUAUGAACAAAGAUAUAAUUACGAUUGUAGUCAAUUAGCUCAUAUUAUUUGCUAUAUAAUUCAGAAUUUUAUUAUAAUUUAAAAAUAUCAGAAAAUACUUACAAUUGUUGUAGUGGUUUAAUUGUUGUAAUUUAUAACAAUGUAAUUAAAGUACUAAAUAUAAUACAAUAAUACAAUAAUAUAAUUAAAGUAAUAAAAAUGUUAUGUUUGAACAUUUAAGAUGUUUAGUUUAAAUUUUAUUUAAAUUUAGUGUAUGUAACAAAAGUCUAACAAUAAGUGACACGAUUUUACUGAAAGUUAGUUUGAUUUUUCGUUAGUAACAAUAAUGGAAAGCAGUUGACAGUUUUUAUCAAUAAAAAAAUAAUUUAUUAUAACUGUCAAAUUUAUAUCUCCCAUAAGUUGCAAUAAUACACAUCAUAUUUAAUAGAUUCUUUAUAUUACUAAAACUAAAAUUAUACUAUGGAUUAAAAGAUUGAAAGUAAUAGCUUGUGUUCAAAAUAACUAUUUGAAUCAAUCAUGUUUAUUUAUGUUGAAAAUGUAUAAAAAUAUCAAUUACUAUAGAUAUAUAUAGUUACUCACCUAACUCUCCAUGUUGUGGAAAAGCAUAUAAACUCUGUCGUGUCCUUUGUCAAUGACCAUACUGUCUGUGCUUAGUGUUUUUCACUCACUAAUUUUCAUGAUUUUUAUAUUCUUUUCUUCCUGUAAAUGAUAAAGAUAUUUGACAAUAUAAAAAACGAAUCUGAAACCUACUGAUUUUAAUCUUUACCUGAUGUUGUUUGGACACACUUCUUUUUACUGUUCUUCCCACUUAAAACGCACGUUAAAUCGAUAAAUUAUAUCGAUAAUAUAUCGAAUAUCGAAUAUCGAUGUGUAAUUACGUUUUUUUAGUGGCGCUGUAAUCUUUCUUAACGCUGAGUCGAUAAUGUCACAUGUGACAAGUAAAUGAUAAAGCAGUUCUUCAAUAACACGCUGAACAGUUUUAAACGCGUAUCAGCUUACAAAUAAUAUAUUUUAAAAUAUUCAUAUUCUAAAAUUCAAUAUACUUCUGUAACACACACACACACACACACACACACACACACAAAAUUUUGAGUCUUACAUCGGUCUUAUUACUUGAUAUUUCAAGACGUAUUUCACAUCAUAGACGUAAAUUCCAUCAAUCACAUAACAUAUUUGGCAACAGAUUACGUCAACUAUAUUUAUAUCUUUGAAAUACAUAUUUGAUUUUUUUUUUAAUUUUUAUAUUAAAUAAACUUCAGACUGAUAUCAGCUUAGAAUCGGAUGCAUAA